UCGCUGAGGCUUCACCCGUUAUCCAACCCGAGCUGCCCGGCCUGCCUUGCCGCCGAGGCCUCCAAGUCCGCCGAGCAAAACCCGCGCAGUGGAGUGUGUUACCAUGACGACCAGGUCGACCGCGCCGCGCAGCAGAAGCAGCAGAAGUCCGCCCUGUCCACGCGUCACGAGGGCCACCAGGGCCACCAGGGCCACCAGCAACAGGACCGUCUUGAGCACCAUGAACGCAGCGAUGGCCUUGGUGGCCGUGUUGGCGGCGGCGCUCGUCGCCACGGCCAUGGGCUCGGGGGUCGUGUUCAAGGACGACAGCGGCGCCCCCUCGCGGCCCGCCGCUUCCCGGCCCGCUGAGGCCGCCGUCAACGCCACGGCCUUCGGCGAGGGCCGGCACCUCCGCGGCCUGCGCCUGCCGGCCGGCGAGCUGGACGCCUCGCUGCAGGACGCGUACAACGAGGACUCCCCGCAGCACGGACCCGGCGGCGUGCGCCACGGCAAGAACCUCCUGGACUGGAUCGGCCUGGGCACGGGCCCCGAGACGGACCCCUACAUGGCCAGGAUCAACAACCAGUGCCUGGAGGGCGACUUCUCCGAGUGCUUCAAGUCGCGCGCGCUCGCCUCCCUGGACGACUUCUUCGACAAGGACCUGUACGACCUCAACGACAACGCGCGCGUCAUCCGCCUGCCCGGCGUCACGCUGCGCUCGCUCGCGCAGGAGCCCUACGAGUACUCCACCGAGGCGCGCGCCGACGAGCCGGAGUGGGACCAGUUCGUCAAGUUCCUGCUGCGGCGCGUCGAGCGCUUCCUCAAGUCCACCGCCAUCGAGGUGAAGCUGCCCCAGGAGGUGACGGGCGACGGCAAGUACGCGCCGCGCUUCAUCGAGGACAUCGCCACCGAGGUGGACUACAUCGAGGACAAGACCGACACCAAAUUCUCGCGUUUCCGCCUCAAGAAGCUGCUCAUCCCGAUGCUGGUCAUCCUGAAGCUGUUCAAGCUGAAGCUGCUGCUGUUCCUUCCGCUCAUCCUGGGCCUGGCCUCCUUCAAGAAGGUGCUCGGCCUGUUCGCGCUCGUCGUCCCCGGCCUCAUCGGCUUCUUCAAGUUCUGCGGCAAGUCGGACCUGGCUGGCGGCUAUGGCAGCUACGGCCACUCCAGCUUCUACAAGCAGCCGCCGCCGCACCGGUACCCGCCCCACCACUCCGCGCCACUGUACCCCAGCGGUGGCCCUUACCACCAGUACGCCGCGGGCAGCGCCCCCUACACCGAGUACCGCGACAACGAGCAGCCCGCCGCGCCGUCCUCGUCGGUCGCCUUCAGGGACCCCGAGGACUCGCCGGCGCACGACCUGGCCUACCAGGGCUACCAGAACUACAAGAAGAAGUAGGGGUGGCGACGUAGGAACUAGUUUUUCAAAUGCUUUACUGAGAGUGACACCCGAUGGAAAACGAGGUAGUGUUUUGCCAUGACUGUAAUUUAUUAUGAUUAUUUCAAUGUGUACAUAUUUAAGACGUAAUUGACGUACUAAUUUAUUGAAGGUGGCUGCUUUUUAUGGCCGCUCAGACUGAACAAAUAGCGAACGCUUACUUCCAAACGAUUAGAGAGAGUUGUUUUGUGUAUGUUUUGUAAAUACGUAAUAAAAAUAUGAAAUGUUA